GGAGUCGACGGUGCUGCGGCCUGACAGACACCGGACGCGUUCAGUCUGCCGCUGAACCUGGAAUGCGUCGGGUGUUGUGUCGACGAGCGUCGUCGUCGCCGCCGUCGCCGCCGCCGUCGCCGCCGACGGGCACGAAGAACCAUCCUCGCUCCGCCGCGAUUUCCCCGCGCGCGCGGAGGCGACGCCGAGCAACGACGCGGACGACGGUCCUCCCUCUCUCUCUCUCCGGCGUUGUGUCCGACCCGAAGGAGAACACCGGCCACCGCCGUCGGCGCGACGCGAGUUGACGAUCGCGUGACCGCACGCACCCCGGGCGACGCGCAUUGACGUUUCUCGCCUGCGCUCCGGGCCAGAUCAGCGGCGGGAACUCGGCCAACAGCCCCGUCCCUCUCGGAGCCGCUUAUCCCUCGCUGGAUCUUUCUCUCUCUCCGUCCUCGCUACUCCGCUACUCAGCCUCCCCGUUUCCCUCGCCGCGCGCGCGCGCGUUCCCCCCUGCUUUCCCGAAGACCGUGAGACGAAUUGAUGCACGAGGGCGGAGAUCCCUGAUACGCGCGACGUGCAUCUCGGCGGGUGAUAACCGGACCGCUCAACGGGUGGACGAGCGAGGACGACGGCGACGCGGGCGCGCGAGAUGAUUUCGGGAGUCAAGGUCGGAGCCGUCUAGACUGCCGCUGCUGCCGGCUAUAUAUCUCGACGUCAUUCAACGUCUGCGAGACGGCGCGCGCGCACGCCAGCCAGCCAGCCAGCCAGCCAGCCAGUCAGCCAGCCAGCCAGUCAGCCAGCUUCCCGAUAACACUGACUGAACGAGAGUGCAUAUAGCGGCCUCGCGCGUAGCGCGUCUCUCUUCCUCUCUCCCGGAAAUCUCUGGGAAUCUCUACGAGGGAAUCUCGCGCCGCGGGGAGGCGACAGGGGCGAUCGACGGCCAGAAGGAUAGAGAGAGAGAGAGAGAGAGAAGCCUCCUCCCCUCCUCUCGCAGCGAUAUACGGCGGCAGGGAAGGGGAUAACGCGACGACGGAGUCGCGCCGCUGCUCCCAUUAGACGCAGGCCGUUAAACGACCGUAACGCUUAUGGUCAAGUGGGAUCGCUGGCGGAGCGCGGAGCACCGGAUACAAUCGAAUUAAGUGGGAACGGGGUCGCUUCCUUCUAACGGGGCCCCGCCGAUCGAUCGUAUCGUCGCCGUCGGUGGACCGAGAGAGCCGCGGGAACCGAGAGAGUGCCACCGCCAGCCACACAGUGUGUUCGCCACUCGCGAAAGCGCGCGCGGCCGCGAUCUCGGGGCCGUCGUACGGUGCCCGUCGCCAAGUGCUACCAUCCGGCUCUCCCGAGCGCGGAACCGUCGGCCGGUUCCGCUGUGGCGACUAGCAGCAAUUACGAGUGACCGGGUCGGUGCGACGACGACGACGACGACGACGGCGACGACGGCGACGGCGACGACAACGACAACGACGACAACGACGACAGUAGCGACCAGCGCGACCGGGGACUGCUCGUGGAGAUCGCGGCGGGCGAAAGUGCCGUCCGGUGCGCGUUUGGUGCGUUUAUGUCAGCCCGACGAGGCGGCCGGUCGACGGUCAGUGGUUGUUUCCGGCGCGCCGACGGCAACCUGGCGGUCCUACCCCCGCUCAAAUGAAGCUGAGGCGUCGCUACAUGCAGACGCUCGGCGUCUCCGUGAAACAGCUGCGCAGGAAACUACUCGAGCUGGGCGCGCGAAUCCUCCACGUCCAGGGGUCGAAACCGCGCGACAUGGCACUAGUGAUGCUGUCGGUGAGCCAAGGAAUGGAGGUCGGCAGCAGCGGACGCGGUGCAUCGGCGGAAGAUGACCCGACCGCCGGUGCGGUCGGCGGUGGAGUCGGUGGCGGCGGCGGUGGCGACGGCGAUGAAGCCAGGAGGCGUCGAGAUCUCCAGGCGGUGAUGAUCGCCGCGGCGAGGGAUCGCGCGAUCCGCGCGGAGAGCGUACGGCAUGAUCUCGCCCUCAACCUGCCGCCGCGACUCGAGCUCCCGGACGGGGAGGAGCACCCGUACGGGGCGCACCCGGAUCUUCACCUCCGCAACCCAGAGCAGGAGAGCGAGAUUUAUCAGAAGUGCGUGCGGGCGCCGCCGAAUCGCACGGUGUUCGAUAGCGAGAGUCCGCCGCCUUAUCGGACGCCAAGUAGCAGCCAGCACCUCCACUCGGGGCUGCUCGACAUGCCCGGCGAUCGGGUGACGCGGAGUCAAAGCCCCAGCAGCAGCAACUUGUUGUUGAACACCGCACGCUCGAUGUUCAAGAUGUUCCCGAGCCAUACGACGCCAUCGUCGACGUCGAUGCCGGUCAACAAACCGCCCUUUUCUAGUUAUUCCGAGUCCAGUAGUAACGUGAGCAGUAAUCUGAGCAGUAGCAAUCUGUCCAACAUCACCGUGGUGCCCUGCGAAACCGACGAAAGCCGGCAAGAGCAGCAGCAGCAGCAGCAGCAGCAGCAGCAACAACCGCAGCAACAGCAGCAGCUUCAACAGCAACCCCAGCAGCAGCAAUUCCAUCAGAAGGUUUGAUCCGCGGCGUCCUCCUUCCUUGACGCUGUUAUCGUCAUCGUCGCAGCCGCAUCGUCCGACCUCGAAAACGAGCGAUGGUUCUCAAGAUCGUUCUGCGCGACUGCAACGGCAACGACGAUGCCCUUCAAGACUGACUCACGGGAGAAGCUUCAACAUAGGAUAAAUUCCAUCGGCCGUGUUCCAUCGUGUUCAGCAACGUGUAUCGUAUAUACGCGAGAGAAUAUAAUAUCUUCCCGGCCGGUGGUAUCCUCGUUGGAUCGUUCUUCUGGCGUUCUUCUAUAAUGAGAGAGAGAGAAAGAGAGAGUGUGAGAGUGAGAGAAUGAGAGAGAGAGAAAGCGAGAGAGAGAGGGUCGUCCGUUCGUGGCCUAAAGGAGGGCCGGCGGAAAUGUAAAGAAGCCGGCUCCUGGUAGUGACUAAAAAGUCAAAUCAGUCAUCAAGACUGCGCUCAAUCGCCGUGCGCGUUGGUCCGCGCCUGUCCUCUAUUUUUUUUCCUUCGACCGGGAGAAUCGAUACGCCGUCGCCGCCGCCGCUAUUGACGCGUCUCAUUGUGCAAUUCCACACGCGGCCAGUGUCUAGCCUAGAUCUCAGAUUAUUUCAAAGCGGUGGCACGAGGAUUACGAUGUUGCGUCGGGCAUGAAGAGGAGACGGGAAGGAGAGCGCAAAAUGGACGGGGGCGGUCGAGAACGGCGUAACCAACGCGCUACGCAAAGCGAUGGCCUACCCUGGGACGAGGGGCAUCCCUGUCCGGGAACUUGGAACGGCGAGAAGCUUCACUUCGAGGAGAAACAGGUGCGGGAUUCGCGACACCGAUUCGGCGACGAAGCGGAUCCGCCGGUCACCCUCUUCCAGCUCUCGAUCGGAGACUCGAUCGUCGGACAUCGCGGAAGUUUGUUCAUCGCGACGAAGACUUAGUAAAUUAUUUAUUAUCGAUAUAACAUUUUAUUCGCGACGGGCGGCUGCUGCGCGACGGCCGGACGGGGCAAGAGUGUGGUUUCACGCGAUGGUGGUUGCGGAGGAAAAAGAAGAAGGAGGGGAAAAAAAACGGACGAACGGGACAUGAGUUGUAUGAGCGAAUUCGUUCGGUUGCGUGAGUGCGAGACCAGGCGUGCGUACGAGUAAAUGCAAGCGCGCGUGUGCGGAACGAGUAGAACGAAAGACGCGCAGGAGGCGCGGCUAAUUGCAGGGUCGAGAG